AUGAAUCUUCUCAAACAAAGUCUUCUCGCCGCUGUGUUCGUCUCUACCGUGGUGGUGGUGAUGAUGAUGAGCUCCUUGGUGAUGGCCUAUGAACACUCUGCGAUGAACACAUACAAUGGAACAAAACCCGUUCUGUCCAAUUCAACAAUACCAUCCAACUCAACAUUUGUGUGGGAUUUUUGGGAAAUUAACCAAUAUCCCAUUGUCGGAGCUUUGAUUGUAUUUGCUAUUGGAGCUGUGAUUGCCAUUGUCGUGGGUGCUAUCUAUUGGUACAGAAAGAGAAAGGAAAGAUUGGAAGCCGGUCAGCACGUUGGUGAUACCGAUGAUAUGCAUAGAUUGGAAGAUGAGUAA